AAGAUACAUAACAAGAUUUAAUACUUGUGUUACUUCAUAAUUUCAAUCAUUAGAGCUUUGAUUACAGAAGCGCGUGAGAUACACGCCUAUGUGAGCGACGGAAAAAGCAAUCAGAUAUGACGCGGGGGGCAACGGGCAGCAUCUAACGCCGUUAACUUUGCACGGAGUUCAAAGAAUCGAUCAUUUUUAGAAAUCAAUUAUCCGAACCUCAGGUUCGGUCAUGGGCCCUCCGAAAAAAAAAGUUUCUCCAUUUCGUCUCUCUCUCUCUCUUACCCGAGGGAAAAGCGCGUAGAAAAAAGGAAAAUAGAAAGGAAGUAGCAGAGGGACCUGAGCUGUAGAGAGAGAAAGCAAGCCGGUGUGGGUGUGCUGAGUUCUAGAGAGAGUAGGGAGGGGCCAGGAUGAGUCAGAUCGUGAGGCGGCGGAAGAAGGGACGGCCGUCGAAGGCGGAUCUGGCGCGGCGGGCGAGCUCCGGCGAUGGGUACGAGCUCCGGCGAAGUCUUCGGCGGAGAAAUGUGAGGUACAACUUCGAUUUUGAUGAUUAUCUCGACGACGAGGACGAGGCUGAGGAGGAGAGUAGGCGAGGAAAAAAGAUGAAGCUCGUCCCCGUUCUCAAGCUGAACCAGAGCCGGGCAAGCGCCGACCCCCCGACCAGGGGCCGAGGCCGACCGGCGUCGCGUGGUGGGCACGUAUCGGACGAUGGGGAUGAAGAUGAAGCGGAAGGGGAUGACGACGGAGAGGAGGAGAAUGAUGACGAAGAGGUGGGUGAGAAGAAGCCGGUGAAGAAGAGGAAAAUUAGCGGUGGUGCUGAAGAAGAUGAAGAUUAUGAGGAGGAAGAGGAAGAAAAAGAAGAUCGCGGGGAUGCAGAUGAAGACGAUCAUGAGGAAAGGAAGGGGAAAGAGACAGGAAAUAGGGGCAGUUCUUGUCCUGGAACUCUGACUGAUAUCUCAUCGGAGACCCCUAUGCCUGACAAGAAAUCCUUGGAGUUGAUCCUUGAAAAGUUGCAGAAGAAGGACAUUUAUGGUGUGUAUGCAGAGCCAGUUGAUCCUGAAGAGCUUCCUGAUUAUCAUGACAUAAUUGAGCAUCCCAUGGACUUUGCCACGGUGAGGAAGAAGCUUGCAAAUGGAUCAUAUUCCAUACUUGAAGAGUUUGAGAGUGAUGUCUUUCUGAUUUGCUCAAAUGCAAUGCAAUACAAUGCUUCAGACACUGUGUACUAUAAACAGGCGAGGACUAUUCAGGAGAUGGCGAAGAAAAAAUUUGAGAAGAUAAGGAUCAAGAUUGAACGUGCUGAGGAGAAAGAGUUGAAAACAGAACAAAAGGUGAAACCCGGCAGCUCAGGAAAGAAGCAGGUCAAACAGUUUCCUAACAAGAAUGUGUUAGAACCCAUCGGCUCUGAUUUCUCUGCUGGUGCCAAUCUCGCUACCGGAGGUAUUUUCCAAAAUGGCUCAGUUUCAGCUCAGACUGGUACAGACGGGCUUUUGGAGGGAAAUGUAUCCCUAGUCGACAGUCUCGAGAAAGCAGAAGACUUGAUAUCUGGUAAGGGUCUAUCUGGUAAGUUUGGGAGGAAGCAAUCUGCUACUGAGGAUAAUCGUCAUGCAACUUACAGCAUGUCUUGUCAAUGGUCAGAGAGACCAGAGUCUGUAUUCUCAACGUUUGAGGAUGAAAUCAAGCAGCUUGUGGCUGUAGGGCUUCAUGCUGAACACGCAUAUGCUAGAAGCCUGGCUCGCUUUACUGCAACUCUAGGACCUGUUGCAUGGAAAGUAGCCUCUCAGAGAAUUGAACAGGCACUGCCUGCGGGUGUUAAGUUUGGCCAUGGAUGGGUUGGAGAGUAUGAGCCUCUCCCUACACCAUUACUGUCACUUGAAACCAGCACGCUGAAAGAAUCUUCUGCUUUCACGACGAGAAAUGAGAUGCCGUUAAAGACGCCGAGGGAACAACCUCCAAACGAGCCAAUUCCAGAAGGAAAGCCUUCUCUCUUUCAGACUUCUGCUGGGUCCGUCUCGGAAGGGAAACCGCUAUCUUCUGUUGCUUCCCGAGCUGUAAAACCGAAGUCUGCAAGCCAGCAACAAAACAUGCCUGCCCGGGCUUCUGUCGAGCUUCAAAGGAAGAAGCUUCAGCAGGUAGAAUUGAAUUUACCACCACCAGAUGAACAAACCAAUGCAGCUUAUGUUUCAGAGAAGCAGAAUUUGGAUAAAUCAGACACAGUGGCCUUUAGAUCGACUGACAUGAUGAGGAAUGUGUCUCUCACUCGGACUGAACAAUAUAAGCCCCAGGCCACUAACGGGGUUAGUCCUGGUGGGUUGGCUAAUGGAAAAUCCUCAACUGGGUUGAACAGCAGGAUGAUCGAUCUGUCGAAGAUUGAUACUCCGAAUCAAAUGGCUCGAGCAGCAACGUGUUCACAACCCGUUAGACCGGGUCAACUCCAAGGCCUCGGUGACCCGUCACAGUUGAUGAAAGGCCUUGGUGAAAAGGCCAAAAUGCAGCACAGCUCCAGCCAUCCUCAAGAUAAUACUCACUCAUUUCCGUCUAUAAGAGGUGAAGAUUCAAGUAAUGCUGCCCUCUUGGCGGCACGGGCAUGGAUGUCAAUAGGGUCUGGGGGUGGAGGGCAUAAACAAAAGACCGAAAAUUCUAACAGCCCGAAAAACAGGAUUUCGGCUGAGUCAUUGUAUGAUCCAGCUAGGGAACUCCAUCCACAAGCACUGACACCCAGAGGAUCCGAGCUUCCUUUCUCGCAAAGUAAUGGUUUCCCCUUCCAGACAUUUGUGCAUCAACCAGUUCAUGGAUCCCGACAGCAAAUGGGUUUCCCUCACAUGGUCCCUGCUUCUGACUUCAAUGGAUUCCACGCUCAAUCCCCAUGGCGAGGCAUUAGCACCAGCCAGCUGAAGCAGAGACAGGACAACCUUCCUCCGGAUCUGAACAUUGGUGUCCAUUCGCCUGAUUCACCUGCAAAACAGUCUUCUGGUGUUCGUGUGGAUUCACAACAGCCUGAUCUUGCUCUGCAGCUCUGAACCACCAUUGCAGAAGAACUAACUCAGUGCCGACAUGAUCAAACUCAGUGUUUUUCCAAUCGGUAAGAAGCCUGGACUAGUUACAGCUUUCUCUGGAAAUCCAUGGAAGAAACAUGAGAUCGGUUCAAUGGAAGAAAACAUUGAAGAAGAAUAGUCCAAAGCGUGGUGUACUUUCAAGGAUCUGGAGAAAAAACCCGAACAGAUGAAGGAGAAAGCUGUUUUGUCAGGUGAGUUGGAUGAAGUUGCGGGUGAGUAAAAAACCCCAUUGUUAGGGUUUCUGAUCAGUCACUGGUUCAAAUUCAAUGCAUCCAUGAUUUAGAUUCGUCAGUGUAGGGGGUUUUUUCUCUUCCUUUUUAGUGAAAUUCAGACACUAUUUAUGGAACAAGAGUAGCUAAAAUUUUCUAACAUAGAUGUCUGAACAGCUUAGCUAAGCUCUAUUUGUGUGUAUGUGCUUCUCUGUGCGUUUUACAAUUACAGAUGUAUAAGAAUAUGAGAUAGUUCUAUCUCCUCUCUCUCGUCCACGUCAACAAUAUUCUUCAUAAUCAUCUCUUAACAUGAUAUAUAUAUAUAUAUAUAUAUGCUUGUGUAUAUGUAUAUAUAUGUUUUGAUAGAGGGUCCCGGUUGAAGUCUUUGCAUUUGCACAAUCAAAAGCAUGCAACAACACAUUGGUUCAAUCUUAGAAGCAUUAAAUAAUUACUGAUUACCAUAUAACCAUGGGGUUAUGAAAUGUGAUCGACCAUGGAACCAGUCGACGAGACCAGUUCACAUGUGGUACGAUCAGAGUACGGAAUCUCUGUGUACACAUAUACAUGUAUGUAUAGUCUUAAAAUAGAAGAAGAGAAGCAUGGGAGAAACAGACAUGAGCUGUGCCAAGGUGUCUUAACUCUUAAGGGCUUUGUGUCUGGAAACCAACUGUCGCAAAAAAUAUCGGCUUAAAGCGAGGAGUACGGACCGCGGAUGAGGAGAUGAUCCUGUACGGCGGGGGAGCAUCGAAGGAAGGUGGGUCCGCUUCCUCUGACGGCGGUGGAGGGUUGGCGGUGGUUUUGAAGAAGGGGCCGUGGACUGCGGCGGAGGACGAGAUUCUGGCGGCGUACGUGAGGGAGCACGGCGAGGGGAACUGGAACGCGGUUCAGAAGAACACGGGCCUUGCCCGUUGCGGUAAGAGCUGUCGGCUCCGGUGGGCGAAUCAUCUCCGGCCGAAUCUGAAGAAAGGCGCCUUCACCGCCGAGGAAGAGCGCUUAAUCAUUCAGCUUCAUGCUCAACUCGGCAACAAAUGGGCUCGCAUGGCCGCUCAGGUGACUAACCCCCUUCUCCUUCUUUUCAUUACAUGAAUCCUCGUAUCUCUCUCUCUCUGUGUAAUCUAUAGAUUCUGGGUUUUUGAUUUUCUUGCUCUGUCAUCUCGUUUCAAGUCUCUCCUCAAUCGCAUAUCGCUUGUCUCUAUGUCCGUACGCGUAGUAUGUCUUUAUUUGCAGUUGCAGUAUCUGGUUUUAA